AUGGCAACAGAAAACCUCGUCCUCGUUAGUGGGGCCACCGGAUUUCUGGGCGCCCAUUGCAUCAAGCGACUUCUCGAUCAGGGCUAUAGGGUUCGCGGAACCGUACGGAGCCUCAACAAUGCAAAGAAGGUAGCUCCGGUCAGAAAGCUCGAUCCGACCGGAACCAGGUUGACUUUGGUUGAGGCUGACUUGAACCAGGCUGCUGGCUGGGAAACCGCUGUUGCCGGCUGUGAUUAUGUGCUUCAUGUUGCCUCCCCAUUUCCGAUCGGUGGCACUGAAGAAACCAUCCACACGGCGAUUGCCGGCACGAAGAAUGUUUUGGUGGCCUGCGCAAAUGAGCCCUCGGUCAAGAAGGUGGUGCUCACAAGCAGUCUGCUGGCAAUUUGCGAGGGCCAUCCCUCCGGGAGGUUGACCGACCAGCACUGGUCUAUUUUGGAUCACGCCAACGCCUACACGAAAAGCAAGACUCUGGCCGAGCAGUCGGCUUGGAAAUUCGUAAAGAAGGGCGGUCACACGAAUAACUUCAUCCUCACCGUCGUCAACCCCGGAUUCAUCACCGGCCCACCAUUGACUGACGAGAAGGGCACCAGUGCUGAUGUCAUCUCCCGAAUCAUGGGCAACUUGCCGGCUCUUCCCCAAAUCAUCUUCAGUUCCAUUGACGUCAGGGACGUCGCUGCUGCUCACGUCGCCGCCCUAACCGCACCAGAAACCGACGGUCAGCGUGUCAUCUGUACAAACGCGGAGCCGGUGGCUAUGGUUGAAUUCUCGAAGGCGCUGCGAAAAGAAUUCAAGACCCAAGGAUACUGCCCGCCCACCCAUACGAUUCCCGACUGGAUCGUCAAGCUGGGAGGCAUUUUCAGCGCUGAAAUGGCUGAUGUCGCAUCGAGACUGGGAAAGGCUCAUUCCUUCGAUAAUUCCAGGCUCAAAAGCCUUCUCGGCGGGGAGCCGAUCGCCCCCAGCAAAUCGGUGGUCGAUAUGGUGUACGAGUUGAUCGAGCGGGGGCACAUCAAGAAGACGUCCAAAUAUCGUGGGCCCAGCAAAAAGGAGCGA